UCGGAGAGACUGAGAGCCUUCUUUCUGUUUUGCUGUCUGCCAGUGCCCCAGCGGAGACACAGAAACACCUAAGAGGAAAAAGUGUGUGCAUUAGCACUAAACUAUAUCACUCGUGAGGGUGACAGCCCUUCCAGGGACCUGAGGAAGCUUCAGGGAGAAGACAUGCUUGUCCUCUGAGCUGAGAAGGCAGGACAAAGCAGGUCUGUGAGCUGAAAACCAAACCUCGGUGCUGGUUACAAUGGCGAGUACUUCUGCUUCUCUGCAAGGAGAGUCUCCACUGAGAAUUGUCCUUGUUGGUAAAACUGGGAAUGGGAAGAGUGCCACUGGAAACACCAUCCUCGGCAGGAAUCAGUUUAAGUCCAGACUUCAGCCAUGUACGGUAACCAUGAGAUGUGAAAAAGCACAGGCAGAGUUUGAAGGGAGGCACAUCAUAGUUGUUGAUACUCCUGGGCUUUUUGACCCUGACAGAGACAAUAAAGAUACUGCCAAUGAAAUUGGAAAAUGCGUGAAACUCCUCUCACCUGGGAUUCAUGCCAUUAUUUUUGUUAUGCAGCUAAAUCGUUUCACCCAGGAGGAAAAGGCGGCAGCUAAGAUUAUACAAGACACUUUCCACCUUGUUGCAAAGAAUUACAUGAUCUUCUUAUUCACUCAUAAAGAGCAACUAGAAGAAUCGCUACAAGAUUUCUUAAAGAUGAGUGGUCAAGAGUUUAAAACUCUGGCUGAAAAUCGUGAGAACCGGUACAUUGCCUUUAACAAUAAAGCAGAAGGAACAGAGAAGAAAGAUCAGGUUUCUGAGCUGAUUAAGAUGAUUGACGAUGUUGUGAAGGCAAACGGCACAACACCGUGUUACACUGAACCUAUGUAUGGAAAGGAGAAGUCCUUUUGGAAAGAAUGGUGUAACAUCCUGUAGGUGAUGAGGUGCUGGAUCAGAGGGUUUUGCUUCUCUGUUGCAGCUUGACCAUUUUGCAAUGGGUUUUGCAGCAUCCACUUUCUGGCAUCUCCCUGUUUUCAUGUGUACAAAGUUGUACAAAUUGGUGCUGCCAUAAUAAAAACCACGUUUCCAUGGUUUCUUUUCCCCA